AUGCGCAAUCUAGACAUCCUUCACCAUGGAUAUGAUCACCUCAACCGUCUCAUCGCCCAGAUCCUUGCGUUGCGUUUCAAUGGUGCCCUCAAUGUCGAUUGGAACGAGUUUCAGACCAACUUCGUGCCGUUUUCACUCGCAGUGUUGUUCGUCCGACCCUUCGACCUAUCCUUCCGAAGGUUCAAAAUCCUCUACGAGCUGCAAGUUGAUGACGCGGCGCAAUUGCCGGAUGCGAAAUCCCAUUUCCGCGAGUCGUAA